GAAAAUGUCGUUCGGUGGGUUUGGUGCGUCCGCGGCGGCGACCGCGAGCAAGGCCGCGUCCGACUAUGACGUUCCUCCCGAUGUUCCCGAUAGCAUCCAAGACAUUUCGUGGAGUCCCACGGCUAACAUCUUAGCCGCGGGGUCUUGGGACAAUCACGUCCGGUGCUGGGAAGUGCAGCAUCAGGGUGCCAACUUUCAAGCAGUGGCGCGGGCACAAUUUGCCCACAAAGGCCCGGUUCUCUGCACAGCCUUCAGCGGCGACGGCUCGACCGUGUUUUCCGGCUCCUGCGACAAAACCGCGAUGAUGUGGCAACUUGGCGGGAACAGCCAAGGGCAACAGAUCGCGCAGCACGACCAGCCGAUUCGAUCGAUCCAGCACAUUGCUCAAGCGAACUGCGUCGUCACAGGCAGUUGGGACAAGACCGUCAAGUAUUGGGACUCGCGGUCCCCGCAGCCCCAGGCGACUGUGCAGCUCAGCGAACGUGUGUACGCACUGGACGUGUCGUACCCGUUGAUGGUGGUGGCAACCGCGGACAAGCAAGUCCACUGCUUUGAUUUGAAGAAGCCGUCGCAGAUAUACGCCACACUGAAAUCGACGCUCAAGUACCAGACGCGAUGCAUUGCCGCGUUUCCUGACGCGACAGGCUUCGCUGCAGGCUCGAUUGAAGGCCGUGUGUCGAUUCAACAUGUGGACGAGAAAGCCCGCGACCGCGACUUUUCGUUCAAAGCACACCGGGACAACACAACGAGCUCGAUCUACCCUGUAACAAGCAUCAGCUUCCACCAGAAUUCGGGACGCAUCGCGACCACGGGCGCCGACGGGUCGUAUGCGUUCUGGGACAAGGAUGCCCGCAAACUCUUGACCAACUUUGCCAAAAUCCCGAAUUACCAAGGCAUUUCCGCCGGCAAGUUCAACAAAACGGGCGAGAUCUUUGCCUACGCGACGUCGUACGACUGGCACAAAGGCGUCGAGCACUACAACCCGCAGGCGCGCAAUGUUAUCCGCUUACACCACGUCGACGCAAACGACAUGACGGUCAAGGUCAAGAAGUAGUAGGUGUGUGUCUCUCGCGUCAUCGAGUCGUCGUAUUCGAUCGCGUUCGUGCGGCUGCCGUUCUCUCAACAACGUCGAGAUGUCUCGACGUGUGGGCAAGUUGCAGGCUCAGCCGCUCUGAUAAUCAUGCACUCAACCUCUCGCUUAACACAACUUGCAGUCGAA